AUGACAUACGUACAGAUGCGUUUCCUCUCCGUUGCACCCUUCCAUUCAUUCCCUUGUUCGUUAUACAUCUCACGUUCCUCUUCAAUUCUCACGUUCCUCUUCCUCUCAAGCAGUGAGCCCAUCUCACCCCGUCAUCCCCUCAAUUCCCACAUUCUCCUCUUCCCGUCUUCCCUCUCCCCUAACAUCCUCCUUCGCAUUCUCCACAACAUCACUCAUAAACGCCCCACCCAACAAAAUCGCCGGCUCCUCCAAACUCUGAUGCUCAUAACUCAAAGUCCCCACACCUCCAGCCUCCAAAAUCAAACUCGGAUUCUCCGCAAUAUCCCUCCCAACCCAUCUUCCUGCCAAAGCCCUCAAAAUAUGUCCAUGAGCCACGAUCAAUACAUCAAAAGGUUUCCUCUCUUCCUCUUCCUCUCCAUUUUUGCCUUUAGGUUUCCCAAUCGCCGGCGCAUGAAAUCGUGUUCGAAUGUCUUUUAUCAAGGCAUCAAGACGUUCUGUGAUUUGAGCAGGACUCUCUCCACCCGGACAUCCAUCACGCCAAAUAUCCCACUCCCCAUCUUUUCCCACCCCCUCUUUCCUCCUCCUCUCCCGAAUCUCCUUCGACGUAACACCCUCAUAGUCCCCAUAAUCCCACUCCCUCACAGCUUCCGUAACUUCAAUCUUCGCUUUGGUUUUAUGUUCAGAUGUAUCUCGGACUUCCCCAUGUUUUCCCCAAGGCAUAUCUUCUUCACAACCCAGUCCUAG